AAUUACAGACAGAAGAGGGCGGGGUUCCCGAUGCGUUCUUCCGGCGUGGGCAAUUCUUCGGUCUCACCCCUUUCGCGAGAUAGAUAUGCUUCCGGUUUGGAGGCAGUCGCGUGGGGGGCGGGGCGGGGACUUUCCAAGCCACUCCGACUGGGCGCCGCCGCGGUCGCUUUGCGCGCGAGAACUUCGAAAGCGCCAUUGCCAUGGCAGUGCACUACCGGAACACCGAGAUCCGUUACGGCCGCGCGGGGCCCUCCGGCACUCCGUGUCCGCCGGAGCGAGGGGAGGUGGCGCGGAACCUCCAGGCGGAGCUGGAGGAGGAGGAAGGCGGCGGUAAAGGAGAGUUGCUAGGCGGCCUCGGGAGAAGCCCCGUGUCCCGGACUACCCUGGCCCCGCUGACGGACGGGGCGGCUCGCCGGUGGCCGAGCAGGGCGUUCUCCGUGCUGUGCUGCCUCCUGGCCGUGUCCUUGCUGGCUUUCCUGCUGGCCAUCGCUUGCCUGGUGCUGAGAGAUUUGCGAUCUGAAAAAGGAAAGACUGAUGAGAAUAUAGAAACAAGCAUUUUAGGAUUUUGGAGUCUGCUUGUUCUAUCCUUGAUGAGCGGACUUUCAUGUUGCAGUUUUUCUUGGACACUGACCUAUUUUGAUUCCUUUGAACCGGGAAUGUUUCCUCCUACUCCACUCUCACCUGCACGAUUCAAGCGAAUGACCGGGCACUCCUUUCACAUGGGCUAUAGUAUGGCCAUACUGAAUGGAAUAGUGGCAGCUCUUGCCCUAGUAUGGUGUCUCCUUUAGUUUGUACUGAAAACUUCCUCAUAGCGAGACAGCUUUCUAGAUGACACUUGAAACUGCCUUCACACAAACAAGCCGCCCAUGUGUUCAAUAUACUUGCCUCAGUCUCUAUUUUAAUAUGCUUUCUCCAAAAUGAUGCCAAAUGUUUUAGGAAGCAGCUGGAGGCAAUUCUAAAACCAACCAACAGGUGGAGACCGAUUAACAAGGAAAGGAGAUGUACACAAAAUGUCCUGCUGUGUGAAAUGAUUGCAGCAUUUUCAAACAGACUUCAUGAGGCAACCACUUCAUGAGAAUUAGCUCAGGAUUGUUGCUGAUAAAAUGCUCAAAAUAUCCACUGGAUUAAUAAUAAGUGCCAUUAUUCUAUUAUACCGUUCAGUGAACUUUCAGGUAUUGCUUUGACAUGCUGCAUACUAGGGGUACUCGGAGGAUGCAGUACCGGCACCUUUCUUUUUCUCCAAGUGUUAAAAGUCUGGCACUUCCAGUAACAACCUCAUGGUGGGUACUGCCACCUUUUUUUCUUAAAAACAGAAGCAGCACUGAUUACUGUACAAUAUGUAUAGUAUUAAAAUGAGUACUAGGGUAACAAAUCAAAAUAUUCUAAUUAUAAUGAAAACUAAUGUAUCAUACUGAUCUGACUUCAACACCUGAUUAGUUAAAGUAUGCAAAUAGGUAAAUAAGUGACUUUAAUGUAUGGCUUUGAACCAAAGAAUACACAUCCUGCUAUUUUCCCUCUGUUGUCUUUCCCAUGCAUUUCUGAGAGUGGGGGUCCUUUUGAAUGGAGUGUGACGCACCAUCAGAAGGCUGCAUUUGGGAAGGGAGAGUGGGCAGGCAACAUAUCCAUUCAUUCAGAUCAUUUGGGGUGGGAUUGCAGCUAAUGCUGUGCCUGCAGGGUUGCAUGGGUGCAUCGGGACUUGCAUAUCCUUGCCUGCUGUGCACCCCCAAAAUCUGCUCUGGAGAGCUUCCCAUCCUUCCAGAUGUGAUUUUGAGGGUGUUGGGGAGGGGGCUGAAGUUCCUUGUGCCAAUGGAGCUGCAGUGUUGGAUAUAACCCUUUGGAUCCAAGGCAAAGUAUAAUACUGUAUAAACACACGUUCCUUUUGAAUAUAAAAUAUAAUAGUUGACUUGUUCAACUGGAAAUGGAUAUCUAUACUGAACUCAUUUUGUCCAUGCAUUGUUUUUUGUAAAUUGUUUACUGCAAAUAAACUAAUCUUGU